AUGGAUGGUCGAAAACCUCAGUUGGACAACGCACAGUCUGGAAAAGGAAAAGAAGAAAUACCUAUUUUUGACAGCCAUGGAGCAGGGACAUCAGGAAUUCUAUGUAUUGGAAACGAUGAUAAUAAACCCUCGUUUGUGCCCAGUACUACAAAUACUACUGUCGCCGCUUCUGAGUCCAGUUCAGCUGAUGAAGAAAAAUUAAAUCAUGAAGAUGAAAUGUCACAGUCACCUUCACUUCCUGAUCCUGAGACCUCUAGCUCUGGUCAUAAUCAAGACUCGUCCCCAUCGGCUUCUAAAACUACAUGUGAUUUUGAUUUUAAUUUCAACGACCCUGACACCUGGCCAGAAACAAUUUCUGACUCUCAAAGGUGCUAUAUUGUAAAAAUUAGAGUGGAAAAUGAAUACAAACCUGACCUUUCUAAAAGCUUACGAGAAGGCCGAACCCUGACAAAAGGCUGGUUUACAAGAAAGUUAGGAAAUGGAACUAAAGUUAAAAGGUCGUGGUUAGGUUACAGUGAAACUCGUAAUGCUUUAUACUGUAUUCCAUGUAGGUUGUUUUCUAAUACAAUACCAUUAACAGAAGCUAAGUUAUCUUCACUUUGCAAAAAAGAAGGAUUUGUUUCAUGGAAGAAACUAAGUGACAAAAUACCUGAUCAUGACACUGCACCAUACCAUCAAAACUGCUUUGGUCAAUGGAGGGCUCUAGAGGCUAAUCUUUUACCAGGGAAAGGGGGUAUUGACAAAAACUUGCAAGAUCAAAUAAACAAAGAAAUAUCUCAUUGGAAAUCUGUCUUGCACAGCAUAGUUGAUGCUAUCUUGUUCCUAGCUAAACAAGGCAAAUCUUUUAGAGGAACACAUGAAACUAAAGAUUUUGGUGCUCCAGAAAGUGGAUCUUUUUUAAACACCAUUGACCUUAUAUCGAGCCAAAUUAAUGAAAUGAGCUUAGAGAACUUGAAACUCAAAGCUGGUGAGUUGGCAGACACAUAUAAGGAAGACUUGAACAAAAAGGAGUUGAUAUCUGAAAUUGAAAGUUUCAAAGGCUUUGCAUUAGGAGUGGAUAAUAAAUUGAAAACGUCUAGUGCUUCCACUUCAUUAGAACUCAUUUUAAAGAACAAGCUGGAAGAAAUGUACCCGAAUAUCACAACAGGACUUAAAAUAUUCCUCACACUACCAGUAUCGGUUGCUACCGGAGAAAGGAGUUUCAGCAAGCUCAA